AUGGAGCAUUUAAGUAAUUUGGUAACGGGUGCCUUGGCUGGAAUUGCUGUAGACACCGUGCUAUAUCCUAUUGACAGCAUAAAAACAAAUAUCCAAGCAAAAAAAUCAUUAUCAGUUUAUGAUAUAAAAAAGUUGUAUACUGGAAUUUUACCAACACUAGUUGGCACAGUCCCAGCUAGUGCUUUUUUUUAUUGCUUCUAUGAAUUAUCCAAAAAAUUAUUAACAGAGAAGAAUGAAAAUAUUAGCAAAACAAGCUUGUAUUUAAUUUCAACAAGUGUAGCGGAAAUUACAGCCGGUGCAGUGAGGUUUCCAUUUGAAAUAGUGAAACAGAAUAUGCAAGUGUCUGGUACUAGUUCCUUGAUAAACACGAUAAACCAGAUUACUAAAAGAGAAGGCUUGUUAUCUUUUUUGGGAAAAAGCUAUUUUGUUUUGAUUCUUAGGGAAAUUCCAUUUGACUGUAUUCAGUACUUUUUAUGGGAGACUUUUAAGGAAAAGGCAAAAAGAGAUUUCAGCAAAUUUUCCAAUAAAUACCCAUCCAUAAAAUCAGCAAUAUGUGGUGGACUUGCAGGAGGAAUAGCGGGAUUUUUAACAACUCCCUUGGAUGUUAUAAAAUCUAGACAAAUUAUAUAUGGAAAGACCUAUAUAGAAACGGUUACAGAAUUAUCGGAAGAAGGAUUUAUGGCAUUCUAUAAAGGAUGUUACUUUAGGUCCCUUUAUUUAUUUUUAGGGGGCCUUAUAUUUUUUGGAUCUCUUAGAUUUUUCUCUUUUAAAAAAGAUUAG